AUGGACAGCUUGUUGGACCGCUACGACAUCGAGGCCAUCAACACGCCGUGGUUGAGGAAGACCAUAUACACCGGCUGCAACAGCACGAGCCUCGGCCUGAUCGACACCCUGAAGAUAGAUGAAGACGCGUAUAACCACAACAUGAUCAUAUCGUGGGACCCCGUUCGAAGGUGCACGGAGAUGAUGACCACCGCGCCAGUGUUGAACUGUGAGGGCAACAACUUGAUCGAGCAUCCCAACACCAUCAGGUCCAGGCUCCCGAACACCGUCGUGUUCUGGAACGUGACGUGGGACCCCAACAUGAAGCUGAUCAAGAGCGUGAUCUCGCCCGUGCUCAGACUGAAAACGAAUAAGACCGAGGGCAAGAAUACGAUGUUGAGCAGGACCCCUGCCAGGCCUUCAAACACGAUCACGGACGAGCAAACGCCGGCGAACAACACCACCACCAAGACCUUGUACAGCCCCACGAGCACGAACCCGAACAAGAUCACCGCCCAGGACUUGAACAACGAGGAGCAGAGGAAGUCGGUCUUGGCCAGCGCCCUGUCCAACGACGACGACAGCAGCGGCUUGAGCGAGAACGACUCGACUCCGAGCAAGCCCACGUCCACGCUCACCAAACCGAAGCCCGAAAGGCCUAUACCCGAUCACUCCGAGACCGUCGAGGUUGACGGAGACACCGAGGAAUGGAAGUCGUACGAAAUCGAGAAAAUCGUCAAGUAUCGAGCACGGAGAUUGAACACGACAGGAGCCCCAGCGACACUAGCUAACUGGCUGGAGGCCGUCGCUCAGGAACGUCGCGAAAGUGAAGGCGACACCCCGUACGGCAACGAAGUACUAACCACGUUCGCGACCGCGCUCGCGUACUUACCCGGUUUAUGCGAGCGGGUGACGCCCUCGGUCCAGGUGCCGAGCCAGGCCAUGUCUCUGUACGCCAUCGUAAUCAAGGAUAAGUACGCCAACAAGCAUCCGAAGAACGCCAUGUCCAGGUAUCUGACGCUGUUGACGAAUGUCCCCAGUAGCCGCCGCCGGCCAGGGGAGCAAGCCAAGCAGAUGUCCGAGGUCCGCAAGGAGUACCACGAGGAACAGAAGCGACUGCAGGAGGCGGAGGCGGAGGAGUGGGAGGACCAGUAG